GGCACAAUCCACACACAAUGGAACACCGACUGCUCAAAGCUGUUGCCACAGGUGACACGAACCUAUUAGAACAAGUUCUGGGCUCGCAGUCCUCAGCAACAGCCGAGCAGGGGGAAGAAAGCUGCCUAAGAGGCGUCACUGCAGAGGGCAGCACGGCUCUCCACAUUGCAGCCAGCUGCGGGUACCUGGAGCUCGUCGAGAUGGUCUGCGCUCAGGACAUCUCGCUUAUCAAGGCAAGUAACAAUAAGCUUGAUACACCUCUGAUCUGUGCCGCGAGGGCUGGGCAUAGGGAUGUGGCCGAUUAUCUCAUGGGGUGUGCUAUGGACGAGCAAGAAGAUCUGAGGGCGAGGAAUUUGGAUGGGGAGACCGCGAUGCAUGAGGCGGUCAGGAACGGCCAUUUGCCCGUCUUGCAGGGACUCAUGUCAAGGGAUAGCGGGCUGGCUGCAGUAGUAGAUGAGAAUGGUGUGUCUCCGCUUUACUUGGCGGUUGCGUCCAAUCGGGCUGACAUGGUCAAAGUCCUGAUUGGAGAAUCUUCGGAUGGUGUGAGCUACUCUGGGCCAGAUGGACAAACUGCAUUGCAUGCUGCGGUCUACGUCAGCAGAGAAAUAAGUGAGUGCCUGCAACGUUGGAAAGAAACACUUGCCAGAGAAGUCGAUGGUUAUGGAAGAACAGCCCUUCACUAUGCAGCAUUAACUAAAAACCUUGGACUGGUGAAACUUUUAUUGGCAGACAGCUCGCUUGCAUUCGUUCCAGAUAAUGAGGGUUUAUAUCCUGUGCACAUUGCCGCUAUAGCGGGCAACGUUAAUGUUGUCUGCAUGUUCAUGAAAAUAUGCCUGAACUAUGAUGAGUUGUUUGACAACAAACGCAGAAAUAUUCUACAUUGUGCCGUUGAACACGGCAGGGUUCAGGUGGUGUGGCACAUCUGCAGAAGCCCAAAGUUUGUGAGGAUGAUGAAUGCAAGGGAUGGUGAAGGAAACACACCACUACAUCUAGCUGUAAAUCAUGGGCGCACAAUGAUCUUCUCCUUUCUUAUGAUGGAUGCUAGGGUGAAUCUCAACAUUAUGAACAAUGAAGGAUUAACACCUCUAGAUGUUGCCUUCAGUAAGAUACACAGUGAUUAUACAUUUUCGUCGUUCACGAAUACUUCUAUCAUCACAUGCUUAACCCUUUGUGAAGCUUCAGGCAGCCCAUGGCACCAUGCUAGAAAUCUGUCAGAUAAGUGGUGCUCAGAAGGAAAGAAGGAACCAGGCAGUUAUGCUAAUGUGUCCCAGAGCAUUUUAUACAUCUCUGUAUUUAUCGUAGUUGGCUCACUCGCUGCUGCUUGUACUCCACCGGGGGGCUACAUCACAGAAGGCAAUGAUGCUGGUAGGCCAGUAUUCGGAGGGAGAACUGGUUUCUGGAUAUUUGUGAUUGCAAACAGCAUGUCAUUCUAUCUCUCCACAACAACGAUAUUUCUAUUUGUGUUUGCCAGACUAACAAGGCAUCGCCGGUUUUACCUCAUUUUGUCUGCUGCACUGGCUUUUGGAGCAGUUCUGUCCAUGGUAACGGCAUUUGCGACAGUAGUAGGGCUAACGCUGGACCCUGCAAACAGCUGGGACGAGUCUAUUCUUAUUUGGCUGGUGUCAAAUUUAGCAUUUCCGAUAUGUCUGCGGGUUGCGAUGCAGUUGUGGAUGAGCAAACACCGCUGGCAGGACAUAUCUAAAGUAGUAGCUCAAGCCAUCCUGCUGAUUUAUGUGGUCCGAGCUUUGAUCAUCACCAUGCAAUCCCUGGUUAAAAGCGUUCUGCCCGGGAGACAAGAACCCUGCAGCUGGCAUGGAUGUGUGGUCCAAGAUGAUGCGGUUGUCUACUACCCUACUUGAGGCAAAGUUUGGGCUCAAGUGUUUUUCUGUUGGGAUCAGGUUUGAUGUGCUUCCUGACCGGCGACGGCGACCGCCACAGCGCUCGUGCAUGACAAUGGAUGCGACAUGACCUCGUCUCCAUCCCCUCGCGAUUCUUCCAACAAGAAUAUCAGAUCAUGUCACCGAGUCCAGUUGCUCAUUUCCAUCAAACAUGGCAGCUGAAUACCUGACCCUGUCCGGCCGCGCUGAACAGAGAGCAUGCAUUGUGGUUGCAUUUUACUCUGCAACAGUCGUCUGCGUAGCUACCAAAAAGAAAA